AUGAAGGGCAGGGACCUCAGCAGUGCGAGCGAGGGCCCGCUGCUGCGGGCCCGCGGGGAGCUGGCCAAGCUGCAGCCGAGGGCGACCCAGGCCCAGAGGAGGCUGGAGGAUCUGACCGCCUUGGUGAAGGAGGCGAAGGGCGACCACAACCGCCUCGAGGAGUCCCAGAAGCAGGCACGGCAAGACGCCCGCGACCGCAGAGUCGCCUCCGUUGCCUUGGCAGCCAUCAGCAGCAAGGUGGCGGACCUCGAGUCCACUGCGCAAAAGCUGCAGGAGGCGGCCGAGCCGAUGACCUCCGCCGCCGAGCCCUGCAGCGAGCCCGUCUCGGUGCUCGAGGCCAGCCAGCGGCUCGAGGCCGAGCUGGCACGGGCCCGCGUGGUGGUCAAGGAGAUCGCCGACAGGUACCAGCCCGAGCUCACGAGGUGCACGCUCCUAUCACUCAAGCAGGUGACCACGAUGAUUAUUGUGCAGCUCUUGUCCUGCAUGCGUAUCAGGCUGCUAGUGGGCUUCACAGCGCGGCGUGCCAUGGCGAAGCUGAUGGGGAGGGUUGACGAGGCGGCGAAGUCCACGGGCACCGUCAUGGCGGGCCGCCCGCAUCCGGCCGGGAGGGGAACGGACCAGGCGGCCCUCAAGGCGAAGAGCCACGAGAUGGGCCAGAGGGGCCAGGAGAAGGUGGCGGCGCUGCUGCGCACCGAGGCAAGGCGCCGCGCCGCGACCUCAGCCUGGGCCUUGCUUCGGAGGCUUGCGACGGCCCGGGCCGGCGCGCUCCCGAUUCGCGUGGGAGCGGCCGAGGGCACGAGCAUGGGCGUGCUGUUCGAUGAGCUCGCGGGCGACGGCGCGGCCUGCGUCCCGGAGGAGCCGGGCCGCGACGAGGGGCAUGCCCUCUGCGCGAGUCUAGGGUCCGGCGUGCUGUUGUACAUCCGCGUGGUGCUCGCAGGCAAUGACAGCACAGGGCCGCGGAGGUUCCGGCUGGAAGCAGGCCGCCCUCGUCCUAACGCGGUGGCUUUCCUCAGCUCCGAAGCAAUCCGCGCCGUGGACCUGGGUCGCAUCGAAACGAUCAUGACGGCAUACGUCAUGACGCCAUAUUUCCAGGGGCGGGUGCCCUCCACCUCCAUGCGCGAGGUCGUGCGGGAUUCCCUGGAUGAGCACGCGCACGGGCGCCGCGACAAUGACCGCCGCGGGGCUUGCCCGCGCCGGCGCAGCCCGACGCACGGGCCCAGCAGCGGGAGCAGAAAGCGGUUGCGCCGGGAGCAGGGCGCGGACGCGCCCGACAGCACCCAGUCCGGGGGUAAGGAGAGCCAGGACGAGGGCGUGGUGGGUGGUGGAGAGCCGGGAGGGAAAGAGGUUGCGGCCUCGCCAACGUCGCCAGUGCCCUCCCCGCCGGGUGAGCCCCGGGGGUGCAGAGUGGGGGUCGCGGUGGAUGUCUGGAGCCAGUCCCAACACAAGUGGGUCGUGGGCCGCGUGGCCCAUCUCUAUGCCACGGACCAGUUCGACGGCGUCUUCCAUUGCCAGGCGGGGAGCCUACGGGUCAAGAUGCCGCACGGGCACAGGAGCCUGCAGGCGCAGGCUCAUCUGCCAGAGGUGGGCGUGAGGCCGCCAGCACUUCCAAGGCAGCGCCCGCAGGGCCAGGGCGACAGCCCCGCGGGGCCCUCGACCCGCGAGUUCAAGCUUACCAAAUGGUCGAGAUGCUUGGGGAACGCGGAGACAGCGCAGGGGCAGCAAAGCAUCGGGAGAGCCCCAUCGCAGCCCAUCGAGGAGCUUUUGGCAAAGGCCGCCAGAGCGGCCACGCGCGGGGCCGCGCCGACGAGCCCAGUGGUCGCGCCCAACCCCAGCCCGGGCCAGCAGACCGCGAGGCACGCCCCGCUGCCCAUGCCGCUGCCCCGCGCGGGCAGGGGGGCGCAGCCGGACAAGACGGGCGGCUUGGCGGAUGAAGCCCACUGGGCGCGGCUCAGAGCGGAGCGGCCAGCCUGGCCCAGGGUGGCGCAUUUGCAAGAGACGCUCCUUCCAGGGUGGCGGCUGGCGGCUGGGCCGGAGGUCGUGGAGCUGGAGCUCGCUGUGAACUCUGCUGACGCCACCUGGGAGGACCAGUUGUGGCAGUGGUUUGAGGCGCUCGCGAAGGCGGGGGUCUACGUCGACACGUGCGCCAUGGGCCCGGCCAGGCCAGGGAGGGCAACCGGAAACGCCCACCUCACCCCGAAGUGCACGAACACGACGCCCUGCGUGAAGUUGCGGGGCAUUGGGUCGACCGUCAACUGGUUCCGCACCACGGACGGGCGCGUCCGCCUCGACGGGGCGUGGGGGCAGAGGUCCAUCCUGCUCGAGAUGUUGCGCAAGUCCCGCUCGGCCAGCCGGACACCAUCACCGUGCUGGCAGCUGCGGAGAUCUUCGACGGCCUGCGCCCUCGCCAUCUUCGCGGGCACCCUUGUCCAGGUUUGGGCAGACGGGGCGACGCGCGCCCGCCUCGGCACCGGUGCCCCCAGCGUGGCAGACGCAGUCGCCGAGGUGUUCGUAAGGCAGUUCAGCGGCGAGGUGAGGAGGGCGAGCGACUUCAGUGCGACGGCAGCGGCCAACCCAAUCAGGGCGCGCUACGAGGUGCUGUCGGAGAGAGCGCUGCAGCGGGGCGGCCGGUGGAUGCCAAUCGCCGACCUUCGCGGCGCGGAGGAACAACUGUUCAGUGAGCGGAUAGCCCCGCUGGAGCGAGCCUUGGCCUCCUGGAGGCCGGAGGUGGCGGGCGCGUGGCGCGACUGUGUAGCCGACCUCGUGCGGCGAGCCCCUGUGUGGGAGGGCCCGCAGGCUGGUGGCCUGGCAGGUUCCGAGGGCGGCAGCUGCCGCGGCACGUCCAGCGCGACCACCGCCACGCCGCCCUCCGGCUCCAGCACGACCUCCUGCGAGGACGUUGGCCGCCACAGCAGUCCGUGCGGCGGCGCGUCGCAGCACGAGGCGCGGGACGUCUGCGGCCCCGCCCGCUUCAAGCCGACGGUGCGCCACAGCUGCUCGCGGCUCUCUGGCGGAGGCCUGGCCAUGCUGGGCGCGGAGGGCAGGUCGAACGGUGUGCCCCUCCCCGGCAGAGAGGCGGCCGGAGGCAAGCGGUGGUCGCUCGCGGAGUGCUGCGACAGCCAGUCGGAGGCCGAGUCCGAGGCCGAGACCGAGGUCCUCUCGGAGGGCGGCACCAGCUGGCGGAAGGUGCGCCCGGCCGCGUGCGGCUCCGAGUGCUCGGAGCUGUGGGAGGAGGGCUGCGAGGACUCUGGCGGGCAGGGCUCGCAGACGGAGCCCCAGUGGCGCAGCGCACAGCGGGCGGUGGAGCGGGCGCAUGCGUCCAGAGUCGGCAUGAAGAGCGUCAGUAUCGAUGCGGCAGGAUGA